AUGGCUGGUGCGGGGAAGACUUUCGUCGUCGAGCACCUGGACCCGGAGCUGGAGCAGUGGUCAUCACUUGAGUACUCAGCUAUUGCUCAGGAAUGCCACGACACUGGGUCUCAAUUCCUCCUUUCGUCGGUGCCGACUUCGUUGAAGUUGCCAGAGAAUCUUCAGCAAGCCAAGGGCCUGAAUGUGGAGACAAGAGGCGUCGAAGACAUCUACGCAGAUCGCAAGAACCGAGUGUGCUUGCUCGAUCCUGCCGCCGCCAAAGAUCUCAGCCCAGAGGAUGGCGAUAAUUUUGACAUUUUCCUCUUUGGGGGUAUCCUUGGUGAUGACCCACCCAGGGAUCGAACCUCGGAGCUGCGCAAGAAAGGCUAUCAAGGUCGUCGACUUGGGCCUGUACAGAUGACGACCGAUACUGCUGUACGUGUCACACGGAUCUGUGUGCAGGACAGAGUCCCAGUAGAGAAAAUCCCCUAUGUCGACCACCCAGAGAUCAAGACCAAUGCGAAUGAGAGUACCGAGAUGCCGUUCCGUUAUGUUGUCGGCAAGGACGGAGAGCCUAUCAUGCCACCGGGCAUGGUCGAUCUCAUCAAAAAGGACUCUGAGAAGAGUCUCGAUGACCUCUUUUAA